AUGGAGAUAACGGACACCUCUCUGUGCUCCUUCUCGUCUGCCGAUGACUUCUAUGAUGACCCCUGCUUCUCUACUUCAGACAUCCACUUUUUCGAGGAUCUAGAUCCCAGGUUAGUACACGUUGGGCUCCUCAAACCCGACCAGGUGCCGACCGAGGACGAGCACAUCCGAGCCCCGAGUGGGCACCACCAAGCCGGCCGCUGCUUGCUUUGGGCUUGCAAGGCUUGCAAGAGGAAAACGACCAACGCCGACCGCAGGAAAGCGGCCACCAUGAGAGAGAGGAGGCGCCUGAGCAAAGUGAACGAGGCGUUUGAAACACUCAAGAGGUGCACGUCUACCAACCCGAACCAGAGGCUGCCCAAAGUGGAGAUUCUGAGAAAUGCCAUCAGGUACAUCGAGAGCUUGCAGGCCCUCUUGAGAGAGCAGGACGAGAACUAUUUCUCAGUCAUGGAUCAAUACAGUGUCGACUCAGAUGCCUCCAGCCCACGAUCCAAUUGCUCGGAUGGAAUGUUGGACUGCAGCGGCCCCACGUGCACCCGGAGACGCAGUCAGCUCGACAACACUUACUACUCGGAAACGCCAAACGAUUCGAGAACUGGCAAAAGUUCCGUUAUUUCAAGCCUGGAUUGUCUCUCCAACAUCGUCGAAAGGAUUUGCACGGAUCGGCCGACGUGUCCGGUAAUGAUAGCCCCAGACGGGACCAUGGGGAGUCCCUCAUCUCCCCGGGAAGGAGCCACUUUGAACGACCCCACAGGUAUGAUACCAUCGCCCGACAACUGCACCCGCACUGAGAUUCCGACUGACAACCCCAUCUAUCAGGUGUUAUAA